GUCCAUCACCGUCCCGCCUGUAUGCUGCCACUGGAUCUAAGUCUGCUGGAUUACCGCGCCGUUUCUCCGCUCAUUAUUCCUGACGCUUUUCCACGGCAGGCAAAGUUGGGCAUCCAGAAACUACAUGGUGACUGCCUGUAAAUUUUUAUGCCGUUUGAGCUUCAAAAUGAUUUCACUCUUCACUGGAAGAAGUGUAAUUUUUAUAUGACAGAUAAAAGAGCUCUGUCUCUUUUUGGGGGAUUGUUUACUUAUAGGAUAGGCUAGUGAUUUUGCAAUAUUUUGAACUUCGUUGUCUGGUAAUUUGGUCGCGAGGGACAAGAUGGGUGGGGUUAAAAAUGUAAGAAAUGGAGAUGUCUUUACAUGUUUUUUUAUCGAACAGACAUUCUAACCUCAAUCACCCUUCUUUAUUUUGACUGAUGAUGUGACCUUACUGGUCUUUGUUUUGGGUGUUUUUUUUAGUGUUGGUGUAUUUAUUUAUCAUCACACUGGAGGGUCAACAUUGGAUGUUUGACUGCACUUGAACUUUCACCUUCUCCAGCUCCUUCCUUUUUCAGUGGGCUCUGAACCUAACCCCCAUAUCUGUAACACCACGUAGAACCCCUCUCCCCCCUCUGGGGUUCUCCCUGGACCUUCCCAUCUCUCUCUGCUGCUUGAGGACAGAGACAGCCCCACCAGGAGAGGGGUUGUUAGGUAGGAAGACACCCCCCUCCCAAAGGUGAGAGGGGGGGGAAGAUGGCAGCUCUCGCCAGCUCUCUCAUCAGACAGAAACGGGCGGUCAAGGACGACGGACAAAACCGACCUGUAGCCAACAAAAGGAAGCCCUGUCCUAAGAGCAACAAGUCUCUGUGCCAGAAACAGAUCUUAGUCCUUAUCUCUAAAGUACGGCUAUGUGGGGGUCGAAAAGGUCGAAACGAAAAGAGACCGGAGCCCCAGUUGAAAGGCAUCGUUACCAGGCUGUACAGUCAGCACGGAUACUACCUGCAGAUGCAGCCGGAUGGCACCAUGGAUGGCACAAGGGACGAAGGCAGCUCCUUCUCACAGUUCAACUUGAUUCCUGUGGGUCUGAGGAUCGUGGCGAUCCAGGGGGCGAAGACAGGGCUCUACCUGGGCAUGAACAGCGAUGGGUACCUCUACACCUCUGAACACUUCACUCCAGAGUGUAAGUUCAAGGAGAGUGUGUUUGAGAACUACUACGUGACGUACUCCUCCAUGCUCUACCGCCAGAACCAGUCGGGCCGCUCCUGGUAUAUCGGUAUCAACCGCGACGGACAGGUUAUGAAGGGCAACCGGGUGAAGAAGACCAAGGGAGCCGCACACUUCCUGCCUAAAGUUAUUGAAGUUGCCAUGUACAAGGAGCCAUCGCUACACGAACUAGUCAAUGAACAGAAGGAAAAAGAGAAGGAAAGAGAUAAAGACAGCCCUGCUCGGAAGACAGUGAAAGCGUCAGAAGAACGUCACGAAAUAACAUUCUCCAUCAAGAACUGCAGGAAAGAGAAAAAAGCUCCCAAGGCUGACGCCUCGUAGCACAGGGGACCUCGGGGAGGGGGAGGGGGAGCAGUGACACUGAGAA